AUUAAAUGGUGCAGCUCAGCACCCUCACCCACCUCUCUCUCUACAAUUUCCCCUUCAUUCAAAUGGCCAUCGCCUCCGCCUCCACCCUCCGCCUCUCCCAAUGUCCACCGCCCCUCCUCCGCCCCUAGCCGCCGCCAACGCCAACGCCAAGCUCUCCUUUUCUCAGAACCUCACAUCCAUCGGCAUCGGCUACGCCAUUGCCCUCGCCCUCGGCUUCCUCGUCCUCUUCUCCACCUUCCUCCUCGCCUCCUACAUCUGCUACCGCUCCGUCGCCGCCCGCCGCCGCAGCCGCUCCGCCGAUAACAGCGUCUACCUGCCGCGGAUCAUCUUCGUCGGCGAGGAAGACGAGAACGAGGGCCAGAACGCCGUCGUCGGCCUCGAUCAGGUCGUCAUCAACUCCUAUCCGAAAUUCGUCUUCACGAAGAAGAGCGGCGCCGCCGCGGACGACGGCGUGUGCUCGAUUUGCUUGUCGGAGUACAGGGAAUCGGAGAUGCUGCGGAUGCUGCCGGAUUGCCGCCACUGCUUCCACGUGAUGUGCGUGGAUGCGUGGCUGAAGCUCAACGCGUCGUGCCCCGUGUGCCGGAGUUCGCCGCUGCCGACGCCGCUUUCGACGCCGCUGCAGGAGGUGGUGCCGCUGUCGCUCUACUCCGACGGGCGGAGGCGGCAGUGACGCGGCGGAGGGGUUGAUUUAGGUAUUUUGGCGUUAAUCGGUCGGUUUCUAAUUUCAUAUAUUUGGGGUUACUUUUUUCGUAAAUUUUAUUUUUAGUCGUGAAUUAAUGGAUUGUAAUUUUAUUUGUGUUCUCCAAUUACAAAAUAUGAAAAUAUACUCCUUGUUAUAUAAGAGCAUCCGCAAUGGCGGACUUCGACGCGAAAUUCCCACGGACGUGGCGGAAUUCCGUGGCGGACGUCCGCCAUUAGGCCACACACGCGUGGAUAUGAAAUUCGGAAGAGGACGUCGCAGGUCCGCGGCCUUCCGCGGAAUUCAGCACGGAAUUCCGUCCUGACGUCCGCCAUUGCGUGAACUGUCACGGAAUUCUGAUCUUUGCAUUAAAUUUAUUUUUUUGAUUUUCUAUAACUACAUCCCGUUGAACUUCAUUUUAUUCGCACCACUUGUUCUAACGAGUAUCUCUCUCUAAAUACCUUUCUUUCAAAUCAUCAAUGGAGCACCACGAUAGAGAUUCUCCUCCCGCCUCGAGCGAUUCACCGGUGCCGCAUUUACCCAUCGGCAGGAGUACGCAAUUUUCCCAGUCGAUGUCCCAAAUUCCGGGGAUGCUGCCCCAAUCACAAAUGCCAUUGGACAUGAUGUCGGGGUACUACAACAUGUACCCAUAGUGGUAUCCGAGGAGUGAGGAGCCGGCGGCGAGGAAUCCGAGGAGUGAGGAGCCGGUUUUUAUUUUAAAAAUAAUGUACUUUUUUUUAAAUUAAUUAUGUAUUUUUUUUAAUGAAGUAUGUUUUUUUUAAAAUAACGUGUGUUCGUUUUCUCCA